GCGCAUUGCCCACACUUCCAGCCCCAGCUCCGGACGGAUCGCACUCUGCUGCUGUCGGUCCUCAUUACUUUUACAAGCUGUCAGAUCUCUGCAAAGGUCCGAGACAUCAGCUGACCGCAUGGCUUCAUGAAAGUUUCAUGGACUUGGAAAACUUUCAGCGGCGCUUUAUUGGAGCUCUUGGCCUCUUUAGUUCCUGUGGAUUACUGGCAUAACGCAGGACCCUUUGCAGCUAUUUAUUGGGGGUAUUUACCGUGUCUUCUGCUGAGUUCUGAGCCGAGAUGGGGAGCAAAGCCCUGCACGCUCCGAUCCCCCUGCACCCGGCCCUGCAGCUCACCAACUACUCCUUCCUGCAGGCCGUCAACACGUUCCCCGUGGAGCAGCUGCAGGGGCUGUACGGCCUCAGCGCGGUACAGACCAUGCACAUGAACCACUGGACUCUUGGUUACCCGCACAUCCAAGGCCUGAGGUCGACGAUCACAGAGAUGGCAGCAGCCCAGGGUCUGGUGGACCCCAGGAUUUCCUUCCCAGCGUUACCCUUCACAGCCGCAGCGCAGCUCUUCCACCCUAAACAAGCAGGCUUUGCAAAUGGCCUUCCCCUGCUGCACAAGGAGAGGCCGAGGUUUGACUUCGCCAACUUGGCCCUCGCUGCCACUCAGGAGGACCCUCCGAAGGCUGGGGAUCUGGCGAAGUUGGCAUCGGGGCUAGGGGGAACCAUCUCCGAGCUGAGCAAGCUGUCCCCGGACAGAAAGCCCACCCGGGGCAGGCUCCCAUCCAAGACUAAAAAGGAAUUUAUUUGCAAGUUUUGCGGCAGGCAUUUCACCAAGUCCUACAACCUCCUGAUCCACGAGAGGACCCACACAGACGAAAGGCCCUACACCUGUGAUAUUUGUCACAAGGCUUUUAGAAGGCAGGACCAUCUCAGAGACCACAGAUACAUCCACUCCAAGGAAAAGCCAUUCAAAUGUCAAGAAUGUGGGAAGGGAUUCUGUCAGUCUCGAACUCUAGCCGUCCAUAAAACCUUACAUAUGCAGGAGUCUCCCCACAAAUGCCCCACAUGCGGAAGAACCUUUAAUCAAAGAAGUAACCUGAAAACUCACCUUCUCACCCAUACAGACAUCAAGCCCUACAGCUGUGGCCGCUGCGGAAAGGUGUUUCGGCGCAACUGUGACUUGCGACGGCACAGUUUGACGCACAGCCCACAGGACUACUAGCCUGGAAAGACUAACAAAAAUAAUAAUGGACAAAAAGCAGCAAAACAAGUCAACGAAUAUUUUUUUUCAAAGACAAUCUCCAAAUCAGGACACGUUUACUGCCGCACUAUUCAGAGUGGGAUGUGGUUACAUCUCAAGAGCCAUGCUUGCAGACAACCUGUAAAUACCCAGACCCUGUACAUAAUGUUUUUCUAUGUUCUGUCUUACCUUGAAAUUAUAAACUUGUCAAAAAACAGUCAUAAAUUUAAAGUAUGUUCAAUUGUAUUGUAUAAUUAAAUAUUUCCAUGAUACAUUUGCA